AAAGUUCUAUCUCCUGUCAACAUGUCCUCCAACUGCUGUUCUGGAAGCUACUCCUCCCGCUCCUUUGGGGGCUACCUGCAACAACAGGACAGCUCCUGCGGCUCUUCCUGCCCCAGCAGCGCGUUCUACUGCCCUGUUUUACAAACUCCCGUCACCCACCAGCUGGGCUCCUCUCUCUCCAGUGGCUGUCAGGAGACCUGCUGUGAUCCCACCAGCUGCCAGACAUCCUGUGGGGUGUCCAAGCCCUGCCAGACGUCCUGCUACCGCCAGAGGUCCUCCACAUUCUGCAGUCCCUGCCACACAACUUUCUCCGGAUCCCUGGGCUUCGGGUCCAGGGGCUUUCAGUCUGUUGGUUGUGGCUUUGGAUCCAGAGGGUUCCAGUCAGUGGGUUGUGCUCCUCACACAUUCUCAUCUCUAAAUUAUGGAUCUAACUUUUACCAUCCCUCCUAUUUCUCCUCUAGAAGUUGCCAGUCUGCUUCUUACCAACUGCCCUGUGGAUCUGGCUUCUACUAA